AGUGUGAUAACUGUCUAUUGAUUCUUGUGAUUUGAUAUCACUUUGUGAAAUUUGCUCAUUUUUAAAUGGAACGCUAUGGAUUAUGUACUAUAUACUUUGUUUACAAACAAUGAGAGAUAGAAUUACAAUUAUCAAUUUAGUGGAUUUUAUAGAUGCGGAUAAACUAUUUUCUCAUUGUGAACUUAAGUUUAAAUCUGACCGUUCAUGGGUUGUUCUUAGUUAAUCAAGUGUUUUAUCUAUCAUAUUAUGAACUGCAGAAAUGCGGAUGACUAUAACGUGCUCAUGAAUGUGUAAAAUAACAUCUUACUGGGUCGUUGGAUACAUCUAAAGGAAAGAGACACAGAAUUUAAGUUAAUAAGGAAUGAAGUUGAAAUGUUCGCGACACAAUAAAAACAGAGUUCAAAGUAAUAAGGAAUGAAGCUGAAAUGUUGGGACGCGUAUUUACAGUAUUUACAGUGGUCUUCACAUUGACCCAUCGGAAAGUUGAAGGCCAACCAGACUUUUUUAGACCAGACAGCCCGAGUGACCUGUCUGAAAGUAUAACCGAAGACCUCAGCGCUGGUACAAGCAUUUAUAACAUAUUCGCAACUGGUGGUAGCGGGCCCUUGACGUACAGCAUACAAACACAGAGCCCGGCUACCCCGGCGUUCACCUUGCAGCCAACGACUUCAUCAGCUGAUCUAUAUACACCCAGUGGCACGGCUCUCGACAGAGAAACGGUGGACGCAUUUGAAUUUGUUUUUAGUGUAACUGAUGGCACAGACACAGUGUCAAGUGAAACUUUCACUGUUAAUAUAUUAGACGUGAACGAUAAUGCCCCACAGUUUGAGAAUACAUCAUACACAGUAUCUGUCUUCGAAACUGUGGCAAACGGGUAUUCGAUAUUGACUGUAUCUGCAAGCGACGCAGAUCAAACCGCGACACUUAAAUAUUAUAUAAAAGCCGGAAAUGGCGGCAAUACGUUCGGCUUGGGUCAAGCUUCUGGGGAGCUCACCGUGACAACGUCUUCAAAUCUAAAUGCGUCGACAACCCCGUCUUAUGCCCUAAGGGUCGAGGUGCAGGACAACUUUGGUACUAAUACCGGAACUGCAACAAUUAAUAUUAGUGUUAUAGAUGACCUUUGUGACCCAAAUCCUUGCCAAAAUUCCGGCACAUGCGCACUAGACACAACUAGCUACAACUGCACGUGUACUUCCGGAUGGUCGGGUAUAAAUUGUGAUACAGACGACCCUUGUGAUCCUCAGCCUUGCUUAAAUGGAGCAACUUGCUUAGACUCGGGUACAAAUUACACGUGUAACUGCUCUGUAGGUUGGCUAGGGGAAACGUGCAAUAUAGAUGACCCAUGUUUCCCUCAGCCAUGUUUGAACAGCGGAACAUGUAGCAUAUCUGGCACGAAUUACACGUGCGACUGUAUGUCAGGCUAUCUUGGUGACACGUGCAAUAUAGUGGAUCCAUGUGAACCAUCCCCAUGUGUAAAUGGAGCAACGUGUGCGAGAAAUUCAGCAGAUUACACAUGCACCUGUACUAGUGGAUGGCUUGGAACUAACUGUUCUACAGACGACCCCUGUGAGCCCCAGCCUUGUAUGAAUGGAGGAACUUGUUCAGUUUCGGGCACAGAUUAUACAUGUAGCUGUCCGCCAGGGUGGAUAAAUGAAACGUGCAAUUUAGUCGACCCAUGUGAUCCUCAGCCAUGCUUAAAUGGAGCAACCUGCAUAGACUCGGGCACAAAUUACAGAUGUAACUGCUCUGUAGGUUGGAUAGGUGAAAUGUGCAAUAUAGAUGAUCCAUGUACCCCUCAGCCAUGUUUGAACAGCGGAACAUGUAGAAUAUCUGGCACGAUUUACACGUGCGACUGUAUGUCAGGUUAUCUGGGUGACAGGUGCAAUAUAGUGGACCCAUGCGAACCAUCCCCAUGUGCAAAUGGAGCGACGUGUGCGAGAAAUUCAGCAGAUUACACAUGCACCUGUACUAGUGGAUGGCUGGGAACCAACUGUUCUACAGACGACCCAUGUGUGCCCCAGCCUUGCAUGAGUGGAGGAACUUGUUCAGUUUCGGGAACAGAUUAUACAUGUAGCUGUCCGCCAGGGUGGAUAAAUGAAACGUGCAAUUUAGUUAACCCUUGUGAACCUUCACCUAGUGCAAACGGAGCUACAUGUGUGAGAAGUUCAACAGAUAACUCUUGUUUGUGUUCUGAUGGAUGGCUUGGAACCAAUUGUACCGAGGUAAACCCAUGUCAUUCUGACCCUUGCUCAAACGGAGGCUCCUGUGUUGUGACUGGUACCACGUCAUUUUCAUGCUCUUGUGUGGUAGGAUGGGUUGGAAAUAUGUGUACAACAGUUGAUCCUUGUUUUUCAUCACCGUGUGAAAAUGGCGGUUCUUGCCACAUCGUUGGAGCAAGUUUUCAGUGUUCAUGUCCUAUCGGUUGGUUCGGUGUUCGCUGCAAUAAAGUUAGUCCAUGCUUUUCAUCUCCGUGUGACAAUGGAGGGACGUGUUUUAUGGUCGAAGAGCGUUUGAUGUGUUCAUGCAUGCCUGAAUGGAUUGGAGAUAUGUGCAAUAUAGUAAACCCUUGUGUUCCCAAUCCUUGCAAUAACGGUUCUUGCGGCUUGACAGACAACGGCUACACUUGUGCCUGUCCUCUUGGCGUUCUUGGAUCAAACUGCUCAAUAGUUGAUCCUUGUUUAAUCUCCCCUUGCAACAAUGGUGGAGUCUGCAGUGUCCAGGACCAGAGAGCCAAAUGUGCAUGUUCAUCUGGAUGGAUUGGCUCUAUGUGUGAAUUAGCCGAUCCAUGCGACCCAAAUCCUUGUUUGAAUUCCGGUACCUGUAGCAUUUCCGGCACUUCUUACUUAUGCGCCUGCACAUCGGGUUUCACCGGAAAUAAUUGUUCCGACAUUGCUCCGACAGCAAGCGGCGCAACUGGCAGCACCACCACCACUGAAAGCCCUCCAGGCGAUAAUAGCACAGUAGUCAUCAUCAUUGCAGUCGUAAUUCCAUUUGUGAUUGUAUCGACCGCCGCUGCGAUUGCUAUAGUUAUUUAUAAACUUCAUGCAUCACACAUGCUUAAAAAGGUAAACAUCGACAGGUAUAUGUAGUGUUAAGGUGUCUUAUGAUAUAUGGUAAAAUAUAAAAUAUUAGAAUAUAUUAAAAAAAUAGAAUAAAGAUGUUAGUGCACGAUUGUUUUGUUUUCCACUUUUAAGAUGUUAAACGAACAUACAUUAUGGUUGUACAUUUCAUGGACUUAUGAUGCAAUGAUAAUAUCAUAUAUUGGUUCGUAUGACUUUAGCAAGAAUGUUUAUUUUAUCAUAAGACAUUUUACACUGUUUUCGCAAUUACUUGUAUGCUUAUUGGUUGGGGUUGUUAUCACUAACAUGUACUAGUACUAGUAUGGUAAUUUCUGCUUGAAAAAGGAUAUAAUUUGAAAGCAGUCUUAUUUAGACGGCUUGCAAUAGUUGUAGCCCGGAAUUUUAGCCAUUCUGGUUUUUCCGACCUAAUCCUCCGGUACAAACAAAAUUAAAGCGUUGUAAUAUACACAUGUUACUUAGGAAACAAUAGAGUCACUGGACUGUUACAUGAAUUGCAAUAGCUUGAAAUUCACCUGUUAUUUGUACCGGCAUGGGAAAACCCAGUUAUGAUAAUUCCGGGCUAUCUGCAUAGAGUGAGUACUAUAAGUAAGGUUUUGCUUUAAUAGAUUUAUUUUAUUGUGGACAGAAAUAUCACUUGAUUCGUAUUACUAUUCCUUUAAUGGAUUUUUUUUUGUUUUAGUGUGAUUUUUUUGUGUGUGUUUGUUCAUCUGAAAUAGUUUAUGAUAGCAUAUCUUGUCAGAAGCAUUGUCCAUUUUUAAAUCAAUUCAAGCUAUUUAACCUAUCAUUAUGUCGCGUGCCACCUCCAUAAUAAUUGGUCUCAUCUGGAAGCAUUUUACCAUAAUAGAAAGGUUAUACUUAAUCAUACCCAGGGGGCUUGUUUACGAACCAAUUACAAAAGACGAAUAAAGCCAAAUAUACAGCACAAAAUACAAACAAAUCCAUAUUGUAAAUUGUGCUAUUUAAUACAUGUCUUCUAAAUGAAUUUAAUACUGAUUAAAGAGUUGUAAAGUUGUAAUAUAACAGUCAAUGGGAUUGAGAAAAGCUUACUGUCAUGAGAAAUGAGCCACUUUAAAACCUUUCAACUCUUUAAUUAUUCAUUCUUU